AUGGCGGUAAUUUGGGGUCUCGACAUGAAGGAGAUGCAAUGGGGCAAGUUCAAGUCCGGCUACAUGUGGAACAACACGUAUCACAACCGUCGCACAAAGUUCAUCAUCUACCAACUCGCCAUGAUUCUCUGCGUUGUUAGUGAGAGUCUGGGAACCGCUGCGCUGUCUGACUACGUCGACCAGCAAAAGUUCGUCUCAAAGCUCGACCGCAACGUCAUGAUCCACAACAACAACUUCGUCGGCAUCGCAUCGUACAACAUCUUCGUCGGUAUCUUCGUCGCCACCAUUUUCGGUGCCGCCUUUUUCUUCGAUCUCUUCUGGCCUGAGCGACAAGAGUCGAGAGGCGUCAUCAACGCUUGGAAAGCUUGCUCAGUCUUUGCUUGCAUGCUUACGCUCUCCGACGCCCUUGCAUACACUUACAUCACCGCGAGCAAGAGUGCGCACCUAACCGGCACGGACUUCGAGCGCGGACAGGGCCUGUUGUCGCAGUUCAAGAAGGCCGGCGAGACUCCGCUCGCUUACAACAAGAAUGGGCGGGCGAUUGCUAGUGUUGUAUUCUUGUGGCCGGGCAUGAUCUUCACUUUUGUCAGCACAUAUCUCCUCUGGCAUUCGCUGAACCACAUCGACAAGCUCGGAGUCUUCUCCGCACAUGCCCGCAAUCUUGAUGGCGCUUCGCCCGAGCCCGAACCGAAAGGCAACGCCAACAUAAGCAAGUCGCCCUCUGUCGUCACCGCGUACAGAGACGGAACUCCAGUCCGAUCGGCUCCUCCCACAUACAAUUCCCAUGCCGGUCCUUCCUCCCGUGGCGGUCCUUCCAGUCGUCCCGGUCCCUGGACUCCUCGUCGGGAUUCAGAGCUGAACAAGCUAAAGAAGAAGCACAAAACAGACAUCACCGUUGUCAAAGAUGGACCUGCAGACCCACCUGCUCUCGGAAGGUGGGGCAGUCACGAUGCUGUGCAUGGUCCUGUUGAGGAGACCCUUGUUGAAGAGACGCCUAUCGAGACGCUCAUAGAGCGGAAUAGGGCCGAAGUGCAGAGGAUGCUACAGGAGGGAGAUCCGGAUAGGGAUGAGAUGAUUAGGCAGCGCAGCGAGGAGUUACUGAAACAGAACAAGGAUUUCAUUAGCGAAAGGCCGUUGAGUCCUGAGGAGUCUAGAUGA